CGGGGUUAUCACCAGAUUUUUGGGGUUCUUCGGGUCUUCUAAGGGUUCACCAAGAUCUUUCAGUCGUUGUGGCAAGGUCUAAGUGACUGUUCUAACCUCUCAAUCACUCCAAAAUGGCUACCACCAGCCGACUCAGUGUCUUGGCGAGGUCGUUCUCCUCAUCGGCGGUGUCACGGCAGCUGGUGAAGCCGCCGAUUCAGUUGUUUGGUAUUGAGGGACGUUAUGCUACUGCUCUUUACUCAGCAGCCAGUAAACAGUCAGCACUCGAUGCUGUGGAGAAGGAUCUCCUGAAGUUCCAGGGCCUAGUUAAGAGCGAUGCGAAGCUCAUCGACUUCUUGAAGGACCCGUCAAUCAAACGUCGCGCCAAGGCCGAGGCGUUCAAAGCAAUUGGCUCUAAAUUGAGCCUGAAUCCGGCAACGGGAAAUCUCCUGGUUCUCCUCGCUGAGAACGGCCGUCUCGGCAUGAUCGGCCAGAUUGUCAAUGCUUUCAAGCAGAUCAUGGCCGCCAACAGGGGAGAGGUAGUCUGCGAGGUGACCACAGCCAAACCCUUGGACGCCGACACCAAGGGCAAACUCGAAUCAGCCCUGAAAAUGUUCCUCCAGAAGGGCCAAACUCUCCUGCUCACCACCAAGGUCGAUCCUGCCAUUAUUGGGGGAAUGCUCGUGUCAAUUGGCGACAAGUAUGUCGAUAUGAGCAUUGCCAGUAAAGUCAAGAAAUACUCCGAUAUUAUCAGAAGUGCUGUGUAAAUUGUUGAUUCAGGGGGGGAGGUGGUAAAACGAGAAAAAUUGUCAUUCUUUUUUGGAAAAUAGAAAAAUAAAUUAAGAUCAAUAAAAACGCCUGAAGGAUCAAUUCUAUUUAACAAUUAUCGAGGAGUCACGGACCAAUGGAAUGUCGAUAAUUUCCGUUUUACCACUUGACCCUCGAGCAGACUAGAAAAUUUGUUCAUUUAUCGAGAAGAAAAAUAAAUCACCAUUGAAAUGUAGUACGAGUCGGGUUGUAUGGAAUACCGUAUAAAUAAAAACGCCAGAGAGACAGUU